AUGCUGCGCACACAGGAUAUAAUUGGUUCCUUUCUUGUGGUUUUCUUUUGUAAGAAAUUUUCCAAGCAGAGCUCCUUCACAAGAAAUCCUACGACGUGUUCUUUAUAUCUAUCUAUCUAUCUAUCUAUCUAUCUAUCAUACAUCUAUCUAUCUAUCUAUCUAUACAUACAUCUAUCUAUCUAUCUAUACAUCUAUCUAUCUAUCUAUACGUACAUCUAUCUAUCUAUCUAUACGUACAUCUAUCUAUCUAUCUAUACGUACAUCUAUCUAUCUAUCUAUCUAUACGUACAUCUAUCUAUCUAUCUAUACAUACAUCUAUCUAUCUAUCUAUACGUACAUCUAUCUAUCUAUCUAUACGUACAUCUAUCUAUCUAUCUAUACAUACAUCUAUCUAUCUAUCUAUACAUACAUCUAUAUAUAUAUAUAAAUAAAAAGAAAGAACACUGUCUCUCUAUCUCUCUCUCUCUCUCUCUCUCUAUCUCUCUCACUCUCUCUCUCUCUCUCACCUUCUCUCUUUUCUUGGGGGGCUUCUUUCUGACCCUACACCGGUUGAAGGUUCCCGGUGCUCAGCCUGUAACUAGUUUAGCUGCCCCCAGCUCGGCCUUAUGCCAUAGUUUUCAUCCUUUAAAUAUCUCGUCAUUCUUGGACAUCUCCGGUAAGAACUAUCGCCUUUCUUCCUUCUUAUUAUGGAAUUAUUUAAUGCAAGCAUUAUGUUUUAGUAUCAUUUCCUUCAUUAAACGAACUUUGUUUACCCUCACACCACGUGCGGAAACUCCAUCUUUCCUCUCUGAACUCGACUGUUACUCAGCAUAA